AUGAAGCGGACGGCCGAGGAGGUCGUGCUCGUGCACAGCGUCCAGGCGGGCACGCAGGCCGCGGCCCAGGCCCUCGAGGUCGGCGACCGCAUCGUCCAGCUCGGCGACCUCGACCUGCGAAACGCGAAGGUCGACAAGAAGUUCUGGGCGGGCGCGAUCGAGUACGUCAAGGCCGCGCCGCGGCCCCUCGCCCUCGUCGUGCGGCCCCGGGAAACGGCCGCGGCCGCGCCGCCGCGCGACGACCCCCUCGCGCGCCUCGCGGCCGCGGCGCGGAGCCGGUCGGAGCUCGCGGUGCGCAAGCUGCGCUGGGGCGACGACUUCGGGGCCGACGCCGCGGACGAGCGGGCCAAGCUCGCCCGCUACGGCCUCGCCAUCGACGGGGCCUGCGCCCUCUGGCGGCCGCCGCGGCCCGGGUUCCUCGGGCGCGCGCUCGGGCCGCGGUCGGGCUUCCUCGACGACAGGCACGCGCUGCUCUUCCGCCUGCGCGGCGCGGCGCGCGACUCGACGCUCGGCGGCGGCGUGCUCAUCGUCGCGGCGACGGCGGCGAGCGCGACGGGGUCGUCGUCGGCGACGCGGAGCGCCGACGACCGCGCGAGCGACGCCGCGGCGCUCCCGCGCGGCGCCCUCGACGUCGAGAAGGUCGUCGCGCUCGACGCGUGCAAGCUCGCGGCGCGGUCCGCGUGCGGCGCGCCGCGGGAAGGCGAGGCGUCGUUCGACCUGCGCCUCGGCGACGGCGCCGUCGUGACGCUCGCGUUCCCGAAGCCCCGCGCGCGCGCGUGGCUCGCCGCGCUCGGCGCCGCCGUCGUCUGCCCGCGCGCGGGCCUCGGGCCCUGGCGCCACGGCCUGCUCGUCGGGACGGCGCUGGCCCUCGCGGCGGCGCACGCCGCGGGCGACGACGACGACGCGCGCCGCGCGCUGGACGCGGCGCUCGCGGCCGCGGGCGACCUCGACGCGCGCGACGCGUCCGGGGCGACGGCGCUCCACGUCGCGUCGGGCCGCGGCGUCCGCGGGGCCGUCGCGGCGCUCCUCGACGCGGGCGCGGCGGUCGCGGCGCGCGACGGCGCCGGGCGCACGCCGCUCCACGCGGCCUGCGAGCGCUGGCGCGACGGCGCGGCGGCGCUGCUCCUCGCGGAUUCGGCGGCGGCGGGCCUCGCGGACGCGCGCGACGCGGCGGGCCGGACGCCGCUCCGCGCCGCGGCGGACUACGCGGGCGCCGUCGACGGCGACGCGCUCGGCCGGCUGCAGCGCCUCGUGGGCGGCCUGGGCUGCUGGGGCGCGUCGCUCGAGGCGCGCGACGGCGACGGCCUCACGGCCGCGCACGCGCUCGCCGUCCGGCGCAAACACGAGGCGCUCGACUGCCUGCUCCGCUGCGGCGCGUCCGCGGCGGCCGUGCUCCUCGCGCCGCCGCCGCCCGGCGGCGGCGCGCCGCCCCUGCGCCGCGGCGCGACGGCGCUCCACUGCUGCUUCGCCGGCGAGGCCGCGGAGCUGCUCGCGGCGCGCGGCGGGGGCGACCCCUCGGGCGGCGACGACCCGGACCGCGCCUGCGCCGCCGCCGCGCGGUCCGCGGCGGCCGCCGCCGCGGGCGACGGCGACGGCGCGGCGCCGUCCUGGGCCCAGCUCGCGGACGCGCUCGACCGCCUCGACCGCGGCGCGCCGCGCGACCCCGGCAAACCCGAGGCGACGCGCGCGGGCAAGGUCGCGGCCUGGUUCGGCGGCCUCGCCGGCGGACGGAAGAAGGGCGAGGACGACGACCGCUCGCGGCUCUUCGGGGCCGCGGAGCCGGCGGCGCCGGCGGCGGCGCCCGCGACGCCGCCGCGGGCGAAGAAGGCGGCCGCGACGUCCGCGACGGCCGCCGCGGACCUCGAGGGCCUCAAGCAGGGCUUCGCGGAGCGCGGCGAGAAGCUGUCGCGCCUGAGCGACAAGGCCGAGGAGCUCAACAACGCGGCCGAGGAGUUCGAGCGCAUGUGCACGCGGCUGAACCGCGACGCGCAGCGCGGCGGCCGGUGGUGGUGA